AUGAACACCAGUGGCGGAUUUUUCAUGGACAGCCCGUGGGCGAGUGGCAGCGGCCGCGCUAGCUCGUCAUCGUGGCUGCCUUCCGACCGGACCAGCACGUCUGCACGGAGAGGCAAUGCACCUGCUGUACAGGCUGAGGCUGUUGCACCCUUGAAACUUUCUGCGAAGCAAGAGAUUAGGCUGAUGAUUUACCUUGAUGACAAGUUUAACGAAAUCGCCCGUGGCCAUGCAAAGAGAUAUGAGUCAACGAGUCCGCUGCAAACGUUGCCGGCCUAUAUCGACGCAGUCGAAUCAUUGUUAAGUGUCAUCAUCAAGAUUCCACCCUACGGGAACGCAGCGUCUUUGCUAGUUUCCUAUCUGCUACGCGCAAGUUCUGAUAUCACGGACGCGAUUCCCAACUACAAAGUUACUAGCCAAGUGCCGGCCGGAGAGGAGGCAUCACGCUUCCGGAAGGCUCAAGGAGAGCUUGCUCGGGCACUCACCACGCUGGAGACGUUGGACCGUGUGUGGAACGCGAUCCUCUGUGGCGAGCAAAUCGUGUGGGACAACACGUCCCGCAACGCUAAGGAGAGCGUCGAUCACGCUGUCUUUAAGAGGCGGAAUGGGAUUUAUGAUGAUGAUGCAGCUGUGCCAACUGAUUCAGAAGCAGAAAGAUACGACGAAGACGACACGGAGCAUCGCACGGCUGCACGCUACCUAAACAGCUCCCCUCACAAAACCUCAACUGCUGCUUCAGGGAUGGCGCUGCGGGAUAGCGUGCCGAUUCUGGGAUCAAAGGGCAUUCGGACUGUCGCACAGACAGACCGUGUCAGGAUAAGAAACAUUAUCGUGAUGGGGAAAGACACGCUGUUUAGUUGGAUGAGGGAAGCUCUUGAUGCGCCAGUGCCCCCGCGAGUAGUAGAUGAGGUAACGGGCGGUCGUUUCGAAGGCACAGAGGAGCAAUCAAAGGAAGAGAAUAAUGAUGCUGGGGACGAAGGGGGCGAAAUCAAGGCUGGAGCAUCCCACACAGGUCGAAACCCUGCUUCAUGUGGCUCGAUAUUAGAAGAGCUGCUUGUCGAUCAGGGCAACCUCAAUUCCGAUUUUACAUCCCGGCACGAGGACCCUGACGUUAAGGGUGCGGACGGAGCCGAGAUGAAGAAGUACCAAGAAGCACUUGCGCAAGAGGAACAAGAGGAGAACGGAGAAAUGGCAGAAGUGGUGCUCCCGGAGCAGGCAGAUGAAAAUGAUGCGGCGCAGGCACUCGAAGACGAGCAGGCAACGGGGACCUUGAGUGCUGGCGAUUAUCGUGGAACUGAGGAAGACGAAGGGUUGGAAGAGGGCGGCAAUGUAGAGGAAAGAGUUCACUUCAAAGAACUUUUCGACAGGAAGCUCGAUCCAGAUGCGUCGGAGGACGAGGAAGCCGACGACUUCCCGCAGACAGUAAAGCCAGCACUGUUGCACAAAAGCAGCAAAAGGGAGCACUCGCCUGGAGAUGAGGUGUCGACCAAGAAACAGCGAACAAAAUCGCAAGAAGAUGAUGUAGAAGAGACACCGUCACCUCCCCUGCCCAAACCUCAUCAUCAGCAACACCAUAGAGCAGCGAUGCCAGAGUGGGACCUCGCUUUUGCAAGACUUUUUCAUCGUACACUGCAGACCAUCAGCGAUAUUGCAGAAGAGCUCGGCAAAGAGGAAGGGCCGGAGAAGCGAACGCGCAAGGAGGCAGGCGGCCGGGCAUAA